CUCCAAUAAUUCCAGAUUUAUUCAUUUAUCUCCCUAAUUUAAACACAACCCAAAAAACAGAAACAAAAUUUCACCAACUCUAGAGAUCAUGAUGGUGUUCGUUUACCUCUUCAUCUUCAUCAUCUCCACUCUCUUCUUCUUCUUCUCCUACACACUCUUCUUCAAAAUCUUCAACAAUGGCGGCCUUCCUCCAGGCCCACCUCUCGUCCCCAUCAUCGGCAACAUCCAAUGGCUCUGGACCUCAUCCGAGGCCUUCCCCAAUCGCCUCCGUGACCUCCACGCUCGUUACGGCCCAAUUAUCACCCUCCACAUCGGCUCCUUCCGCGCCAUCUUCAUCUCCGACCGCCAAAUCACCUACGACGCUCUCAUCACCCGUGGCGCCGUCUUCGCCGACCGCCCUCCGGCCAUCCCCACCACUGGCGUCUUCACCAGCAACCAACACACCAUCAAUUCCGCCCACUACGGCCCUCUCUGGCGCCUCCUCCGCCGCAACCUCAUCUCUGAAAUCCUCCACUCAUCUCGAGUCAAGCUUUUCUCUAAUGGCCGGCAGUGGGUUCUCAACAUCCUCAUCUCCAAGAUCCGCGCCAGCGCCGAGACAAACAAUAGUAUCGUCCUUGAUUUCAAAGAAAAUAUCCAGUUCUCCAUGUUCUGCUUGCUUGUCCUCAUGUGCUUCGGCGAGAAACUCGACGAGAAAGCCAUUAGAGACAUCGAAACAGCUACUAGGAACUUCCUUUUAUAUUCUCUCAAGCUCAGUGUCUUGGCUUUCUUCCCCACGCUCUCCAAACUCAUCUACCGAAAGAGAUGGAACACGGCCAUAAAUCUCCUCCAGAAACAAAAGGACAUAAUCAUACCAUUGAUCAGAACUCGAGAGAAGCACAAAGAGAAGCAGAACAAACAAGGCUGGAGUGAUGAUAAUGAAAAGGAGAGGUUCGUCUACUCUUAUCUUGAUUCUCUUCUAGACAUCAAGCUCACUGAAGAGGGAAACAGGAAGCUCACUGACGAUGAGCUGUCAAACAUAUGUUCUGAAUUCCUCAACGCCGGCACCGACACCACGGCGACCUCACUGGAGUGGAUCAUGGCGAAUCUGGUGAAGCACCAGGAGAUACAAGCCAAGCUGUUUGAUGAAAUACAAGGAGUGGUUGAGAGUACUGAAGCAGAGGAGGUGAAGGAGGAGGAGCUUCAAAGGAUGCCUUAUCUUAAGGCAGUGGUUCUUGAAGGGCUGAGAAGGCACCCGCCCGGGCGCUUCUUGCUGCCGCACAGCGUCGCCGAGGACGUGAUGCUGAAUGGGUACGUGAUUCCGAAAGGUGUGACUAUAAACUUCAUGGUUGCAGACCUGGGAAGAGAUGACAAGGUUUGGGACAAGCCCAUGGAGUUCCGGCCGGAAAGGUUUAUGGAAGGAGGGGAAGGAGAAGGAGUGGAUAUAACCGGAAGCAAAGAGAUAAAUAUGAUACCUUUCGGGGCUGGUAGGAGGAUAUGUCCUGGAUUUGGACUUGCUCUUUUGCAUUUGGAGUAUUUCGUGGCUAAUUUGAUCAAAAAUUUUGAGUGGAAAGCUAUAGAAAAAGAAGAAGUGGAUCUUAUAUCUGAAAAGCCAGAGUUCACUGUGGUCAUGAAAAAUUCUUUGCGGGCUAGAAUUACUCCUAGAAAAAUCUAGUAUUUGAUUUAUAUAUUUUAAUUUGGCAUAUCGAUCAUGAUAUUGGUUGCUACUCAUGAUUUUUGGGUUUUUGGGUUAAUAUGAAAUUUGGGUUUGCAUAUAUACCUUGCAAAAACCUACAAUUUCAGUUAUGAUGUAAUAAAAUUUCAGCAUGAUAUAUAGAUAUUAUGUUUUGACUGAGUAUUGUCAAUAAUCAAUAUUACAUCAAUGUUUUUUUAAA